AUGGUUGUGUUUAACAUUGAAGAAUUAAAAAUUUUCUUUCCAUAUGACUAUAUAUAUCCGGAGCAGUAUGUUUAUAUGCGACAUCUCAAAACUACCCUUGACACCAAAGGACACGGUGUGCUUGAGAUGCCAACAGGAACCGGAAAAACUGUGUGUAUUAUGUCUUUAUACUCAUCUUAUCAAUUAGAAUAUCCAGAAAAACUGGAAAAGUUUUACUUUUGCACUCGAACUAUUGGUGAAAUGAACAAAGCAUUGUUUGAGUUGCGAUGUGUUCUUAAAUAUCGAUUAAAAAUUCUUGUUACGGAGUUUCUCGAAAUAGACAAAAUUGAUGAAAAGUGCCGUAGUUUAACCGUUCCUUGGGUUCGUGAACGUUUUUACGAUAAGAAAAUUCCAAACGUACGCAAAGCUUAUGAUUACCCCGGCUCGAAUAUGAAAUUGAAAAAAUCUUUUGACGCCGAUGAAUCCGAAAAAAGUUUGGAAGCUAAUAACUAUGUACACGACAUUGAAGAUCUGUAUAACAAGAUAUACUCGAAAACAGAGUGCUCGUUGUGCCCUUGGUAUGAAAGUUUCAAGUUAUUUUGGAUUCCCGAAAACCUGCCGAACGAUGUAUAUACUAUAGAUGAUAUGAAAAUUAUCAGUCCUGACCCGCUACGAUCUCGUUUUUGUCCUUAUUAUGCCACGAGAGAAUUAAACAACAUAGCCCAAAUCGUGGUUUUGAAUUAUCAAUAUGUUUUAGAUCCUAAGGUCAGUCGUGUAGCGAUGGGUUAUGAAUAUUCUACUAUGAACCCACUUGCACUCAACAAAGUGAAUGGACAAUUGAGCGAUCAAGUUUGUGCUAUCAAAAAACCUCACGCCAUCGUGUUUGACGAAGCGCACAACAUAGACAACGUAUGCAUAGAAGCGCUUACAAUUAAAAUAUCUUCUGUCGAUAUUGAGCAAGCUAAAAUUUCCAUAAAGAAACUACAGAAGUUAAUUGAGGAGAACGAGCUGCAGGAAACAAACAAGUUGACUGAACAGCUCAUAAAAAGUGUAACGGCAGAACAAGAAGAGCAAUACGCCAAAAUGGUUAAUGAAUUCUUGAAUUCGCCGCUCUUGCCUGAAGAACAAAGCAAACUCAGCAAAACAAUUCCCGGAACGAUCCGAAAAAACCGAUUGUUUUUGAAUAAUUUAUUGAUGAUGAUCGUUUACUUAGACUCAUACGUUAAAGUAGUUACUGUAAACAUUGAAGGUCCUUUGAUGUUUUUGAAAAAAGUCGAAGAUACGCUUUCAAUAGAAGCAUCCACCCUUUCCUUGUAUUCCGAGCGUUUGAAAAACUUGCUCUCCUAUUUAAAAAUUACAAAUUUUAAUGAAUAUAGUAGUUUAACUAAAAUAACAGACUAUUGUACGCUAGUAUCUACAUAUUAUAAAGGUUUCAUUUUAAUUACAGACCCAUACCCAGAGGCGCCAGGAAUUUAUGAUCCCAUAUCUCAACUAGCGUGCAUAGACUCAUCUUUGUCUAUGAAACCUGUUUUAGACAGGUUUCAGUCUGUAAUGCUUACAAGUGGAACUAUAAGCCCGCUUAAUUUAUAUCCAAAAAUACUAAAGUUUGUGCCCACGAUUCUUCAAAGCUUAAACAUGUCUCUCGAGCGCGAGUGUAUUUGUCCAAUCAUAGUGAGCAAAGGAUCGGACAAUAUCCCGCUAAGUUCAGUGUUCGAACUUAGAGAUGACGUGUCUGUGAUCCAGCAAUACGGUCGUCUUAUAACGGAUUUAUGUGAAAUAAUUCCUGAUGGAAUAGUUUUAUUUUUUACAUCAUACGCAUAUAUGGAAAACGUGCUGAGUCAUUGGAACAGCGACGGGGUUAUUGAUAAGAUAUUAGCUAACAAGCUGAUAUUCAUGGAAACGAAAGACUCAUUGACAACAUCGUUAACGCUAGACUCUUACAAAAAAGCUUGUGAUAUUGGACGAGGCGCAAUAUUUAUGUCGAUCGCUAGAGGAAAAGUUGCAGAAGGUAUAGAUUUUGAUAGGCACUAUGGAAGAGCUGUAAUUUUGAUUGGGGUUCCAUAUCAAUACACACUUAGCCACGUAUUGAAAAGUCGGCUUUUGUUUUUAAAGGUUCAGUAUCAAAUAGACGAAGGUGAGUUUUUGGCGUUUGACGCUAUGAGACAAGCGAGCCAAUGCUUAGGUAGAGUUAUUAGAAACAAACUGGAUUACGGGUUAAUGAUUUUGGCGGACUACAGAUAUGCAAAAAACGACAAGCUAACAAAGCUUCCUGAAUGGGUUAAAGCUAACCUCACAUCGGACAGAGUUAACAUUAUAGCGGAUCACGCAAUUUCAUUAUCAAAUAAUUUUUUACUUGAGAUGAGUCAGCCCCAUGUUCAGUCAUUGAAAACGCGUCUCAACCAAGCUGCGUUGACAAAGUUAUCGCUCUUAGGAAAUAAAGCCACAAAUAAAUAA